GUAUGAGUGGGCUCUUGUUUGAUAUCAGGCAGGCGGUGCUGAAUAUUGAGAGGUUGCAGUCCGCCAACUGCUACCUCCCUUUCUACGACGCGACGCACGACGGUCGCACUCCUUACACCUUCGACGUGAUCAACCUUCAGGACAAGCUCAUCCCCGUUCUCGCCGGCUCGCUCCAGCAGUCCAUCAAGCUCCUGCAGGCCAACUUCAAUCCAAAGACAGACGCCUACAGAGCUAUUGGCUCGCAGGCCCGAGGGGUGGACGUCUCCCUCGGUCUGGAAGGGAGCAACGCGCUUGGACUGCCGGUACCGAACACGCCUGCGAUGAGUCUGCUCUGGACGGGCGACAAGGCUCAAGACGACGUGAGCAAGUUCGUACAGGGAGCGCUUACCGCACCCUAUGUACACACAUACUCGCGCUUGUGCUCGAGGACCUUCUGGAAGUUUGACGAGGUAUUCGCCGAUGCGGAGAAUGUCAGGGGGGAUGUGCAGCUCUUCCCGCCUGCGACGCCCUCCCAUCUCGAAUUCAAGGGCGUCGCUGGCUACAAGGCGACGGCGGCCUGGGACAACCAGUUCGGCCCCGGACAGACGUGCGCUUCGCUGCGAGUGGAGGCUGCCGCUGUUCAUUACCAGUGA